AUGCGACGGAGCAAGCCCUUCAAUGAGCCCAAACCCUUGUUUGUCUCAUCAAAAAGCACCGAAGACCAUGAGAACCAACCACCAUCCAACUCAUGGAUUGAGCAUCUUCUAUUUGCCCUACUCAUUGUCCCUUUAACACUGAGCAUUCUUCUGGUAUAUAGCGAUGCCUCUAGCUGGCAUCUUCCAGACCAUUUAUAUGUGUUUGUGAAUACAAAUCGAACAUCUGUCCAGACAGCAGUCCAGAUUUUCGGUGCUAUCCUAGCAGCCAUCGAGGUCUUCGCACUCUGUCGCCUAAUCAACUUGACAACUCGCAUUCGAUUUACACAAAGUCCAGUCUCUCUGAAUGUACUUGGGUUCUGGUCAUCACUAUCAACUCCCACAAACAACUUCUCUCUACCUUUCUGGAUGAUUGUCAUUACCGUGCUUUUCGGCAAUGUGUCCGCUGUCAUAUCAGCAUUAUGGACUGGUGCUUUGACACCCGCAGAUACUAUCGGCACCCAACCCUUCUCCCUACUCGUUCCAGAUUGGACCAACAUAAGUUUAAUCAAAGAAUACCCUGCGGAGAUCGACAAGACUGGGUUAUCAAUUCGCGAGACAAAGGGCUACUUCACGUACUCAGUGGGCGUGGCCUUACUGGGCUCACUUCUAUCCUCCGUGAACUCCGCCUCCCCAAUCAACGGCGGCAUUCGCAACCACCCCAAACUAGACAACACCCGAUACAAUUAUCACGGCCGGUCUUACGGGGUUGGCGCAAGUGCCGGUCUCUCCGACGAUAGUCUCGUCGCCAUACCCCACGCGAGGAACUAUACCUUUAACGAAACCGGCCUCGACGCGUCAGUCGACUGCAUAUACAAUACCAGCUCGAUGUUUGUAUUUCAACUCCUUCCACAAACCGCUCUCUACGCAGUUCGCGGGUUCCUUCCCGACAGCAACCUCAGCGCACCCGAAUACUCAGUCUACAUUGGUCGCAGCGAAGAACCAAUCGUUGCGGUGGGAGUGGCGGCGCAACCAACCGAGUACAGUGCCAAGCGUUACAUGGCCAUCGUCGCAGGGAGUUACUACAAUAAUUUGAAUCAGAUCCAAUGUGCCGUCACAUUCAAGCCGGCAAUGUUCAACGUCUCGGUCGAUAUCCUAGGACGGAACAUCAGCGUUAACAAAAUCAAUGCGUCUGAAACAUCAGUGGGCCCGGUCCUUGAUAUCGACCCCCAUCACAACAUAACCCACAUUGUCAUGCGACAACUCGAACUCAUCUCCAAUGAUCUAACGAGUUUCUAUCGCUCGACGCUCGGCGACGCCUUCAAUGCCAGCAUUAGUGAUUAUCGCACUUCUGUCACCGGUGAGAAUAUAUCAGAGACGCAGAUCGUGAAGAAGGGAAUGGAGAACGCAGUUACAUCCUUGGUCGACGAUAUGCUAGUUGCAUAUGCCUCGGCUCAAUUGGUGGUUGGUGAAUUCGAGAAAUCCACACCCGUAGUGGUCCAAGUCUCUGCUCUGCGGGUCGGAUCGCAGGCCUAUAUUAUUACCAGUGCGAUGAUCACAGGUUUGAUUGCACUUCUGGUCAUCGGGGAGGGCAUUCGGAUGCGAUGGUGGAAGGAUCUUCCGCCUUUCGACUAUCAGGAUAAUCGAGCAUUGAUUCUGGGUGCGUCUAGGGGCGGGAAGGGCGUUGCUGAAUAUGUUGAGCAGGUAAAAUGUAAGGAUCUUGGUAGGGUUCCGGUGAUUUGGAGGAAGGGUCAGGGAUCAUGGGAUCAUGGGGAAAUUGUUUUCCAGCCCAUGCUAGAUGACCCAGAAGAUGAGAUUGAGGAUACAAGAUCAGAAAGGACUUCGGUCGCUUGGAUAUGA